AUGGCAGCGUUGAUGGUUGGGGGAGCUUCCGCUGACCCAAGCCCGGCAAUGGCGGCGACCGCUGACGACCUCGUCAUCGGAGAGGAGGCUUGCAGCAGCCGCUGGGACGCCAACUGUGACGGAGACACGAUGGACGAGGUUCUGUUCUGGCUGGCCUUGUGGAUAUGGAGAGCCUACAAACUCUACGCGGGGGGGGGGGCGCUUCGGGGGCAGCAGCUCGCGUGCCGCCACUUGGGUGGCCUAGGAGGGGACGGCGGCGUUGCCGUCCCUCCCAUCAUGCGGAACUUGGAGGAGGAGGAGGACGAUGUUGAGCUCGCCGUCAUCUCGCCGCGGUCGCCGGUAGCAGCGGCGGCAGCGGUGGAGCAGCAUCCGCUUCCUUUGCCGCAGUGAGCGUCAGCCGGACGCCGUCACCGCUGCCGCCGCCGCCGCCGCCGCUGCCGCCGGCGACCGGCGACCACGUCCGGCGCGUCCCCGUGUCGGCGGAUUGGAAAACGUGUCUAUGAGUACAGGAUGGGAGAGGAUGGCAUAGCUAGCCUUGUUGACAGGUGGAAGCGUGCCUAUAGGGAUGUUGUAGUACAGGAUUGGCGACGAUAGCACAGCUAGCCAUGUUGACCGGUGGAAACGUGCCUAUAUGGAUACAUACUUGUUAUUACAGAAAAAAAGGACGGACGAGGAUAGCACAGCUGGCUCAGAACGAGCGUCGUGAUGAUGGGGUGGAAAAGUGGAAAGUCCUCGUGGGGAUGCUACCACGGAGUAUAUAGGACAGGGAUUGGCGAGGAUCCAUAGCUGCAUGCAUAGCUCCCCGCGCCGGCAACCGGAGUUGGAUGUGACUUUCGAAGUGGGCCAUAUAAAGCGGAAUAGUUUCUCGUUUUAUUUCACACGAGCGUGUUGUUGCCGUGCUGAGUCUUUUGGACGCGGCGCGCUUAGUCACACCAUUUCGUAUCGCAUGAUGGGUCGUCCUCUUGGACGUGUACCUGAUUUUUGUACAUAGUUCGCUUUUGGUUGAGCGUUCACGUAGCAGUAAUGCCGCUGUUUGGGCGAGCGGGAGAGGGCGUGUAUAUACCGUUGACACGACGAUAUAUUUCGGCUUCUCGUCGUCAUUUUCGUCAGUCAUGGACCGUCCCGCCUUACAUAGCAAAUGUUAGGCGCUGUUGACCUGCCAGCUGAAGUGAGCCAGCUAACAUAUAAUUUGCUGUCGAAGGGUGGUCGACACGGUAACAAUAGUUAGUUCCUGGUGGAAGGGUAAGGUUUUUGACGACGAUCAACCUCGUCUUUCGAAGUCGGGCGUGUGGUGAUGUCUUGUGCAUCGGGUGCGAACUUUGCAACAGCAGCUAGUCGUUCAACGAACAUUAUUCCGAAAUGAGCGGGUAUAGGUGAGUGCCCACUACACUAUCAAUCGUUUUGGCUAUGCCAACGACAUGUACCUUUCGGUGCACCAGGUGCCGUGCGGUGCUGAUAUGAGGGGGUGGUGGACAGACGACGACGAAUUCCUCGUCGGCAACAAGUGCAUGACAAUUUUCAUUGAGGCUUUGUCCAGAGCAGGUCAAGGCAGGCAGCAGAACUAGACUGUGUCGCGUACUGCCUCUGGCUAUGUGUGCCCCCUCCCACCCCCGUGUAGCUCCCCUUCUACUCCUUGGACUUGGGAACCCGCGUCGGCAGGGUAACCGACGAUUAGUCUAACCUAGAGUUAAUUCUACAGUGGAAGAGUAUUUUUUUUCUUCAAGAGUCGGCGCUCACAGUACUUAUUAUUAUGCUGAAACGGGGGAGUGCAGGAUGCAUUUGGAGGAGGAAUGUCUUGCCUACAUCUACGUGGGGAUGUGUGUGUUCGGGGGGCUGGUUGUACUUUCCUGAAUGAAUGCUGUGGGGAAUUUCAGUCGUGUUUUGCCAAAGACUUUUUUGUUGUUUGUGUCGUUGUUGGCAUCGUAUUUCAUCCCGAGCUAUUUGCUAGAUUAGCAGCGCCGAGGACGGUGAGGUUAUAUAACGAAAUCUUCGUCAGGAAACGGAAGAGUUGUUUUAGAGCGAAGGGUUGCCUAUCCUGACGCAGAGGACAUCAGAUCUUGGCUUGGCGGCAACUAUUCCUUGCUUUUUGACCCUUUCGGCUAAGAUUGAUUGUGGAAGCACACUUGUUUCCAACGU